AAACUUUGGCGGGUUGAGGAGGGCGCCAGUGGUGCCAUCUGUCGAGGAGAGUUGUUUGUGGUCCGUCAGGAGUAGUAGAGAGGCACCUUAGCUCCUCCUUAGGCCCUCUCUGUACUAUGUGUCUCACUAUUUGCCUUCUCCAGCUUAAUCCAGAGGUGGCAUGAUGCCAGGCAGUGAAGAGAGGUGGCGUGAUGGGUCUGGUGCUUCAGAUGGAGCCUUUGAUCAUCUGUUGGAACGAAUGACUAAUGACUUUACACCCCAGCAUGAUUCCCAGCAUUACCAGCCUGGAUUUGUACCUUCUGCCACACCACCUUGGACAACAUCUGGACAGACACAACUCUCGAGCUUGGGGCCCCCACUGUCUCCUCUGCAAGCUUCACACACCACCCUUGGGUCACCAAUUCCCUCGAUGCAAUCUGCCCACAACAUUGGGCCUCAGAUGACUCUUCAGCCUCCAACUACAAGUGCACCAGGAGGGCUGCCGCCAGCACCACAGCUAAGUGGAUCGGCAGCAAGAAGUUAUUCAGUUAGUCAAGACAUCUUUUCUGAAGGAGAUGGGGGACGCAGUCCGCUUUUAAGGUCCUCUUCAGAUUUAGGACUUCGUUUAAAUCAUUACCAUGCCCAGGGAAAUCCAUAUAAUGAUGGUAGAAUGGAUGGGUUCAUGGAUUCAAGCAUAGACUCCUUAGAUGGUAUGCUGGUUGGAGGUCAUGAUCCAACAUUUUACCUGGAAAUGCAAAGGGGGUCUGCUGUAUCGUCAGGAACCCCUCCACUUCAAGGAGAUCCACAGGGACUUGCACCUUCAGCAGUACCUCAUCCUGAAUUCAGUUUUUAUACCCAUGAAAAUGACAGAAUAAUGGAGGGAGAUAGUGUUAGUAAUAUUUCUGCAAAAAUUUCAAAUUUUACUGCCUCUUUGGGCAGCUGGUUUAGCCCAUUUGAUCCUUUUCGUAGUAUUCUCACAGAUGCUCAGACUAAAACUCCAUGUGUGGCUCAGGCAACCUCUGUUGGCACAAGUAUGAAAAGCCCACUAACUAGCGAGACGCACAUGUCAUCUCAGUGCAAUGCCAGUGUCAGAAAUGUACAGAUGACAGCCUCCCAACCUACAAAAGCAAAUAAACCUUCAUACUCUGAUGUACUGAGUAAGAAUCCAGUGCAGGAAGGCAAAUUAAAUACAAGUGGACCAGCUGUUAACAGUCGAAGCAGUAGUAGCAACAGCAAUAGUAGCAGCAGUAAUAUAACCAACCAUCCUCCACAGUCGCCUUCCCCAGGGCCAACAACAUCCCGUCCUGAACAGAAGACGCGCAGCCAACCAGGCAGCAAUGGAAAGACUAAACCCCGCAACACCAACAGUGCAAGCAGUAAUAUCAGUAAUUGUAGCAGUACUUGCAAUGUUGGUCACAGCAGUAGACUAGCCAACAAAGGGGACAACCAUAUCACCUCAUCUCGUAUUGGUUUGGAUUAUUUUGAUCUGAGUGAGGGAAACUUAAGUAAUGGAAGUAUUAGUGCUUAUGAGCAUUAUGACUGGGGGGAAGGCCCUACUGUCAUCCUUGGAAAUGGUCCAUCACUUUCCAAAGCAUCAACCAACAGCCCAUUGCACCAGGCAAAGAAAGCUACUGUCAAAGGUGAUUUAAAAAAGAACAGCAUAGAGAAGAUUGGCAAUAGUACCCAAUGUGAUGAGGAUCUGUUGAAGAGUAGUGACCAAUUGAAUAAUAAAGUGACUGCAUCACAACCCAAACUGGCACCUAGACGAACCACGUACAUCAACAACAUCCUGAAUUCUACCAGCCCAUCCUCGGUACCAAGCGUGUCUUCAACCACGUCUGCUAGCACUGCUACUUCCCAAGCGACAUUUAAUCCCACAGCAGCCAUUCCCAAUACAAACAAUGCCUCUGUCCCUCUAAUUACCAACCACACCAUUACCAACAACAACAAUAAUAAUAACAACAUCAGCAACAAUAACAACAAUGACAGCGAACGCAGUGACGGGAACAAGAUCAAAAUUUCACACCUACCCAAGGAAGAUAAAAAGACUCAAGAUAAUGCAAGUUGCAGCAUUAUUGCUGGAAGUCGACCUGGUGGACGUAGUAAAACGGCAACUAAUGGUCGGAGUGAUAGACCCGAUAGAAAUCGAGAAAAUCAGUCCAAACGACCUCCCAGAAAGCGGAAGUACACAUCGCUUAACCAGUCGGGUUCAGAGCUUGUAGCACAGGGCUGGGCAGUGGCAGUACAGUGGGUAGGCUUGGUGGUGCAGGCGGCAGUGUGGCUUGGGACUCUUGCCACAGACGUGGUCGUCAUGAGCUCGCGUCUCUUCGUUCACCUCAUGAUGCUGAUGUUGGCCAGAUUCUUGGAGUACUGGACCUCUGUUAAGACCACUGCAUAUUAUUACUGGAGUAAAUUAACCUCAGCAGUUUGGAAGAAUAACAAGGAAGAGAAGAAGAUACCUGGUAGAGAAAAAAAGGUUCCAAGAGGACUAGAAUGCAACAUAUCAUUGCCUACGACGGGUGAUGAAGCGAUGAAGCGUCUCUUGGCGUGUAAAGGGAAAGAUCCAUAUAGCAUUUUGGGCGUAACUCAAGAAUGUACAGACGAAGACAUCAAGAAGUACUAUAAACGGCAAGCAUUUCUUGUACAUCCUGACAAAAAUAAACAACCUGGGGCUGAAGAGGCCUUUAAAAUCUUAGCGCAUGCCUUCGAAAUAAUAGGGGAACCAGAACGACGACGUGAGUAUGAUGCUCGUCUUGCGGAAGAAGUGCAAUUAGAAGGUGCAUGGGGGGAGCUGGCAUCUCUCUUGACUCGACUUCAAGAGAAGCUGGACGAAGCGGCCAAUACCAUACGCUGUACAAAUUGUAACAAGAGGCAUCGUCGUGUUAAACUUCCUAGGCCUAUAUAUGCAGCCAGACAUUGUGCAGAGUGCCAGAUACACCAUGCAGCUAGAGAGGGCGACAUCUGGGCAGAGAGCACUUUUUUAGGUCUUCGGUGGAAGUACUAUGCGUGUAUGGAAGGUGCUGUGUAUGACAUUAGUGACUGGGCGGCAUGUCAAAGUGAAAAUCUGAAGCAUUUGCAAGCUAACACCCACAGUGUUCAGUAUCGCAUUGUCUCUGGCAAAAAGAGUCCACCGUCUAAAAACAAUACGCCUGAAUUUACAAGUGAUCCAGAUUUAGAGGAAUUCUUUAACAACUUGUGUAAGGAGAAGUUUGGGAAGAACUAUGCUUCAGGGAGCAGUCAGUCUGGUGGUCAACAGAUGUCUGAUAUGCGCAAGAGGAAGGGCAAGAAGAAGAAAUGAUUACAGGACUGUUGGGGGGGAGGGGGAUAGUCUGGAGUGGGAGACAGUGCUGAUACAUUCAGUUUUCAAACACGAUUGUUAAUAAAAUCUUUUUUGGAGUUUAUUUUUUAUCUUAACAGUACUGCUAAGGAGUAAACAACUACACUUGAGGAGCCUUGCAUGAUGUUAGUGCAGCUGUGGGUGGAUCUUAGUAGGUGGAAGGUGUUAUUUGCCUACUUCAAGUGACAAGAUUACUGGCCUUAGUAGAGCAGCAAAUUCCAUUCUAUGAUAAGACUAGCUGCAAAGAAAAAGAUUGUUGUGGGUAAAAUAAUGACUUGUUCAUAAAGUGAUUUACUUAUAGGUUGUUGAGUAAUCGUCACACUACUCCACCUUUUAAGAUUUGGAAAGCCAUCGGUGAAGUAGUGUGUGCUGGAGGAAGACAAUAGGUGUUUAGGCUUCAAACAUUUGCUGAAUAUUUGAAACACUUCGUGAUUAAAAAUUGCUUGCUUCCAUAUACCUGGACUGCUGCCAUUUACAAGGUUGGGCAAAUACAGUAGUUGUACCAAGUUUAAAGAAUUGUAUUGAUUACACUACUUUUGUAUAGGAAGUCUUAAUAUUGUUUAUUCCAAACGAAUAUCAAAUCACAUUUCUGAAACAUUUUUGCAAGCUACAGUGCAAAAGUUCCACUGAAAUCUUGAUUAUGCUUGUAUGAAAUUUUAAUUGCCGAUAUAAUUUUUGGGUAAUUAUUUUAAAGAUGUAAAUACAGUAUGGAAUUUGGUUAAAAUAUGCAAAUUCCUAACUGUAUGUGCUGAGUGUAUAUUAUAUAUACAAGUUAUUUUAUGUUGAAUAUUUGUAGCUGUGAUUAUCAGUAUUGAAAAUAUUGCAGUUUCAAUGUGAAGUUGACGAGUGAAAGUAAUUUCACUUUCACUUUAUACAAACAUUUGCCCGGUUAAAAAUAUUUGUGUGUUCCAGGAAAUCCAAAGAUCAAAAUUUAGGACCCCAUUGUAAAAUUGCCAUUUUCUCUGGUAAUAUAUAAUCAAUUCAUGUAGAUUAUUUGAUUUUCAAAAAUCACUUGCUAUGACAUCCAUUUCAGUCAAAAGUGAAUAUUGUUUGUCCAUCAACCCAAGUUAAAGGCAAAUGUUUAAACCCAAGGGUUUCAAACGACCAUUACAAAUAUAUAGAGAAAGCUAAAGGCCUUUAGCUAUGUGAUUUAAAUAUUGUCUUCAAUGGUUGAAUACCAUUUCAUUUUAAUUGAUCAUGCACAUUUUCUUAUUCAUUUUGUUUCCUAAAUGUUGGAACUACAGUAAGUAGUAACAUUCUCGGCUCACUUGUGGAGGGUUUACUGAAGGGUACACAUUGCAACUUUAUAAUAGUCUGCUGAAUCUUAUUUUCUCUUAAUAUAGAAACUGUAACAAC